ACAUGCGCAGUAGGGGAGCCAGUCAGCGAAGAGGUCACGGCACAGGUGGACCGCGCACAGGGGCACCUUAAGCGAGGUAUAGGGAUCACCCACUGUCCACGUAUCCGGAAAUAAAUCGGACCUAUCCCUGCAGGUGGUCCGAUCGCGCGGUUUAACCGCAGCGGCCGCAGACACGCCCCCGAUCAUCCGCCAGGCGCCAUGUCGCUAGGGACUCUUAGGCAAUGCCCAACACACCCCAUCCUUCCUCUCACGUCAGUCUGAGCCCGUACAUCUUUGCAGCCCGUCUUCCAGAUGGGACAGCUGAGGCUUCCAUCCAGGGUCAGCGCCACUGGCUCGCGUGCUGGCCUUCUCCCCGCAGCUACCACAGCGUCUAGAGCGGCCUCCCCGGGUUCCUCCCCCGGGGUCCAGAUGGCACGUAGGCGACAAGCGACCAGGAAGAGUCGGGAUCGCGUGGCUUACGUCGGGGCGUCCCCAGGACGUGGGCCGGCUUGGUGGGGCUGGCCUGGGGCCGAGCGCCCGCACCGAGGCCGCUGCCAGGCCAGGAGGGGCCGAAACGGCCUUUGAUCCCAGGUCCGUGCGGCGGGCACGGGGCGGGGCGCGCUCCUCCGACGGCAGGGCGGGAGGCCGCGGCACGGAGAGGACGGCUCGCGGAGGACGCGCGGGCGGCAGGCAUGGAGCGCCCCGUGCGAGUGAGGACCUGGGUGCGGGAGAACCGGGCCUCCUUCCAGCCCCCAGUCUGCAACAAGCUCCUGCACCAGGAGCAGCUCAAAAUCAUGUUUGUGGGGGGGCCCAACACCAGGAAGGACUAUCACAUCGAGGAGGGUGAGGAGGUGUUUUACCAGCUGGAGGGUGACAUGGUUCUCCGAGUCCUGGAAGGCGGGCAGCACCGGGAUGUGGUCAUUCGGCAGGGAGAGAUAUUCCUCCUGCCUGCCCGCGUGCCGCACUCCCCACAGAGGUUUGCCAACACCGUGGGGCUGGUGAUUGAGCGGAGGCGGCUGGAGACGGAGCUAGAUGGGCUCAGGUACUAUGUGGAGGACUCCUUGGACGUCCUGUAUGAGAAGUGGUUCUACUGCAAGGACCUCGGCACGCAGCUGGUGCCCAUCAUCCAGGAGUUCUUCCGCUCUGAGCAGUACAGAACAGGAAAGCCCAUCCCUGAGCAGCUGCUCAAGGAGCCGCCGUUCCCUCUGAGCACACGGCCCGUCAUGGAGCCCAUGUCCCUGGAGGCCUGGCUGGACAGCCACCGCAGCCAGCUGCAGGCAGGCAUGCCCCUCAGCCUGUUUGGGGACACCUACGAGACCCAGGUCACCGCCCAUGGACAUGGCAGCAGCCAAGGCCCGAGACUGGAUGUGGAUGUGUGGCUGUGGCAGCUGGAGGGCUCCUCAGUGGUGACGAUGGGAGACCAGCGCCUGAGCCUAAGCCCAGACGACAGCCUGCUGGUGCCAGCGGGGACUGCGUAUGACUGGGAGCGAGCCCAGGGCUCUGUGGCCCUGUCUGUGACCCAGGACCCUGCCUGCAAGAAGGCCCUGGAGUGACCCACUCCGGCCGCGGGGCGUCUGAGCGCCACCUGCCAAAUGACUUCUCCACGUGCUGCUGCUGAGCCCUCCCCGGGCCCCACGCAGGCCCUGUCCUUGUCCUCCUUCCUCCUGCAUUCUCAGCCCUGGGUGCAGCAGCUCCCCUUCUCCUCUAACAGCCCCCACCCCCACCCCUGCAGCCAGCUGCGCCCAUCCCGCUGGCCCCACAGGCUCAGCACAGCACUCAAUAAUCCCUUCCUGUGCACAGGCGGCAGGCCGUGUGCACCUGUGACCACGUCCUUGCGUGACAGCCGGUCCUCUCUGUGUCCCCAGUCCACCCAUGCCCCUGUGUCUGGUCCAGGGAGCGCAGCUGAGGUUCUCUCUGGGCCUCCUUCUCUACGCCCGUGUAUUCUUCCUUAUGUAGCUGUUAACAAGUCGCUCCUGUCUUCUCUCCCAGCAACAGAAGUCAUCUGUGCUAAUGGUAGAAAACAGAAAUGCAUAAAAACACAAAAUCAGGCCGGCGCCGCGGCUCAAUAGGCUAAUCCUCUGCCUGCGGUGCCGGCACACCGGGUUCUAGUGCCGGUCGGGGCACCGGAUGCUGUCCCGGUUGCCCCUCUUCCAGUCCAGCUCUCUGCUGUGGCCCGGGAGUGCAGUGGAGGAUGGCCCAAGUCCUUGGGCCCUGCACCCGCAAGGGAGACAAGGAGAAGCACCUGGCUCCUUGCUACGGAUCAGCACGGUGCACUGGCCGCAGCGCGCCAGCCGCAGCGGCCAUUGGGGGGUGAACCAACAGCAAAGGAAGACCUUUCUCUCUGUCUCUCUCACUGUCCACUCUGCCUGUCAAAAAAAAAAAAAAAAAAUCCUUGCCUCCAGAGUUUGCUGUUAAUACCCAAAGGCUGCUCAGCCUGAAGGGGGCACAAAGGGGAGAGGGUGUAUGUGACCCCCGGCCACCACCACCUCCUAGCCACAAAGACCCGAGUGCUCCCUGGGCUGCUGGAGGGUCCCAGAAGCAUGGAGUGGCUGCCUGUGGACAGAACAGGUGCCAGCUCGGAGCCAAAGCUUCUGUAGAAGGGAACUUGAGCCCCAGCUUGGAGGGUCACUGCUUUGGGUUUUCCUGUCCUGCAAGCAAAGAAGAAAGAAGACGAGCCUCCUCCACCGCCAUGGGUCUCAGGCCGCCCGGGCAGAGCCUGGCUUGUGUGGGCUGCUGCAAUGUGAGGCUUUGCAGGAGCUGCGAACCCCAGGGAGGCCCCGGGGUCAGAAGGUGAGGCCACGAGGAGGAGUUUAUCCCUAGUGCCAUGGAUCCGGCCUCGGCCCAGCGGGAGGUGACAAUCAGAGCUGCUGGUUCUCUGAACACAGGCUCUGUGCCAGGGAACCCCCUGGAAGUUUUCACGUAACUGACCCCAUUUUAGCCUCACAGCUUUCCAGGGAGCUGGUGGCACUUGAUUCUACGGGUGAGGCUCAGACCCGUCUACAUGUACACACAGAGCCCAGGGCAGGGGCAGGCCUGGAGGCUCUGUGGGAGAGGGGCCAGUGGUCACGGGGUCUGAAACCUGGAGACCUGGGCAGAGUGGGCAGUACACAGCAGACUGCUGACCGUGGCCAGCUGGCACCUGGGACCUCCGCCUCCCUUGGCCCUGCCGUGGUUAUCAGGGCCUGUGGCCUGUCUUGACCAACAGGAUCAGGCAGCGGUUUCAUGAGGACACCUCACAGUGGACAGCACGACCUGUUCCUUGUUCAGAGCUCACUGCAGUCUCCUGUUUUCCCUGCUGCAGUGAAUGCUGGGCACAGGGACUGUUCUCAUUGGUUGCCAUGGUAGUAGGACCUUGGCAAGGCAGUCCUCUGCCUCUGGGACAGACUUCAUCAUGCACACGGACUUGGGACCAUGACAGACCUCAGAACCACCAGGAAAGUUGCACUGCAGCAGGCCUGGAGCACAGGGUUAGUGGAGAGCACCAGUAGGCCUGGUUCUCUUGAGGCCACCAGCAGGAUGGUCAGUGUCACUUGACCCUGCUCCUUCCUCUCCACAGUCCCUGCAGCCAGAGCUAGGGGACAAGGACACCUCCAAAAAUUUGUGGAAAAUGGAAUUAACUACAAGUUUAAUUUGAUGCAAAACAAAAAUUGGAAUCCAUGCAUAGCUUUCUGGUAUGCAUUUUCCAUGAGCUUUUUGAUGACCCCUCAUAUAAUGGGGGGCGAGGGGGCUGUCCAAUGGAGUCCCAAGGGUAGCUCCUGCCUUCAGGCCAGCCAGCUCUGACCACUCAGGGCUGCAGUGACUCCUCCCCCUCAGCCAGGGACAUGGCCUCAUGCAGAGGUCACGCGGGGUCCGGCGAGGAGGGAAGUAGGGAGGGCCAUGAGUCCUCCUUGGCCUGCCAUGGAGGACUGGCUGCUUUGAGGAAAGCCCCGGGAUGCAGAGUCUGCACGGGUAGGGAGACCCCAGAACGGUCUCAGGCCGCGGUCAGAGCCAGCCAUGGCGGUCCAUCAGGACCCGAGCUCCCUCUGCCCCCCUCGUCUCUUUCUCCUCCGCUCUCCCUCUGCCUUCUCUGCUGUGCCGGUGCCCUUAGGAGAACUCCCCUGGCAUCUUUGUCCCCGGCCAGGUCCUGCUGUGGUUUGUCCUGGGCCUGGUGGGAAACAGCUUGGCCCUCUUUCUCUGGACCCACAGAGCAGCCUUCCUGGUAAGCCCGGCCCUUGACUUUCUCCUGAGCAUCAACCACAUGCUCCAACCACUCCUUCCCCCAUGAGAUCUAGUUAGUGGCUUGGGGCCACUGCCCACAAAGCCAACUCACUGUGCAAUCCAACGGCCACACAGGCAGCCCGUGGCUGUCACGGGGCCCCCACGUGCUAGGCCAGGCCUUGGGGGGUGGGGGUGGCUCUGGGGCACACCCUGCUCCUGACCACCUAGUCCGACCACGCGUGCCUCAGUGACAGGCUGGGCAUGAGCCCCUGGGAUUCUCCCCAGCACCAGGCUGUAUGCGCUGUGGUGCUCCUCCUUAGUCCUUAGCCAUCGUAAGCGCAGGCCCUGGGGGGCGGGGCUGGCCAUGCCGGGAGCUGCCUGCACCAUCUGCUUCUUGCCUGGCAUCAGCUGCGGCGCGGCUGCCAGGGUCCCUGCCACACCUCGCACAUCCUCCUGCCACUCCUCACGGGGCCCUGGCUUCCGCCUACCUCUGCGAGGCUGAGCGGGCUCCUAGCAGCCGUGUGCAGUGUCGGGGGCCCUCGCAGAAGGCAGAUGCUGUGGGGCAGCAGCAGGCGAGCUCUGCCCCACAAAGAGGGCUCCUUCCCCAGGCGGAGGCUCUGCCGCAGGGAAGCAGAGUGCGGGCUCUGGGGCCAGGCCGAGGCAGGAAGAGAAACCACUCAAGCCUUAGAGUGCCUGAGGGACGUGCGGAGUGCAGGAAAGCGCAGGGGGCUGGGCUGAGGCCGGCAGGGCGCUGUGGGCAUGCAGCUGGGAUGGGCAGGGCCAGAGCGCAAUGGCUGUACAAACCAGACAGCUACAUUUGCUAGGACCUCAGCUUUAUCCGGUUAGCUCCAGUGCACCUCCUUUUGAAAAUGUCUCACCUGUCCUCAGGGAAAACCAAACGAAUGUCUUUGGGCUCAAGCCCGAUGGUCAGAGGGAGCCCCGGGAAGAGUCGGCGGCUACGGGAAACUGGGACCGCGAGGGGAAGGCAUCCAGCAGCCUCUUCCCGUGUGGCAUUGUCCUUUCCCAGAGCUUCGGAAGUUCUGGGUGUCCCUGAAGACGAAUGGCUUUCCUGGGAAGGUCUCGGGUCACAAGAGCUGAGGCCUAGGGCACAGGGACCGAUGAUGGGGAUUAAACGCCUUCCUCCCAGUUCCCUUUGGCAUUGUAAUCCACCUGCUCCAUAUCAUGGACAGGGGUGCGUGGGGCACAAGCCCAGGAGUGUCCCCACAGCCCAGAGGGAGGCAUGUUGGGGUGGCAGGAAGCAGACCCGGGGGCCGUGGGUUGGAUAGACAUUGGCAUCAGUCUCCACGGUGUGUCCCCAGGCCACUGCCCUUUGCUGGAGACUCAGCGCCCACGGUCCCUCUCCCUCCUCUCACUGCUGGGAGCUCCCUGCACCACCACUGGGAGGAGACGACCAAGCCUGGGCCAGGCCAACCUCAGCAGGGGGUCACCAUUUCAUCAGCAAAGGCCCGCAAGGGCAGGGGGCAGGGGCCAAGAUGCUCUUUCUUCUGGCGCAGUCCCAACUCUGCCCACGCACGUACUCACCUGGGCCAAAGCAGCUCAUGGGCAGAUGGAGCCCCACAUGCCCUCUCCUCAGCCUCCUCUUCCCCACCACCACCUCCAGCAGGUCCUCCCACCCCGCUCAGCGGCCGGCCUCAGUCUCGCGGGCCCGAUAGAACCUAGGAGAAAUGACCAGGCACUCCUCCAAGCCCCGUGGCCUGUAUGCAGCCUGUGUUCCCGUUCUCCCCUCCAGCAGCACCUGUAGAAGAUGCUGGUCCUGGGGCUGGGGCACUCCUGGCCUGCCCUGGCCCCUCACUGGCCCCCAGCCUUCACGGAGCCUUCUCUGCAGGGGUCUGACGGUUUCCUCAUGAAGCAGGGCUUCCAGCUGCUUCCACUCUGCCUGCAUGAAGUAGGAUUCCCUGGUCCUAACCUUGCCUGACCCGGGGGUUGGUUCUCCAUCUGUGAAAUGGGAACAGGGAUCCCGGCCCGUGCCCACCUUCAGGGGUUGCAGACGGAAAUAACUAGAUGGCAGGGCAUGAGUGAGGAAGGCAGGAGGAGGAGGAAGGAAAGUGUUAAGUGCAAGGUUUUCUCCAGAUGGGAGAGUGGCCCCCUCGGCAGCAUGAGGCAAGCUGCGGGCAGGUGGAGCAGAGACCCCCACUUCUUGCACUCCCCUGGGGCGGCUGCACGUGGCGAAUAGCAGGCAGCACCUUCCAUCGCUCCUUUCUUUUCCUGCCUUCUAACAGUGCUACCCAGGGGAGGGCCUCAGGCAGGGACUCAGGCAGAGCCAUAGCAGCCACCCCAGCAAAUACCAAGGUCUUUCGGGCAAUAACGCACACGCACCCAGAGUAAGGAGAAGGGGGGUCAGGGGGAAGAGCCAACUCCACCAGGGGCACCAGGGAGGCAAUGCCUGCAAGCUGGAUCCUGGAGGACGAGGAAGGGCGAGAGGGGAUCAGCAUCCCUGGCGGCCCUGGCGGUGGAGAAGGUGUGAGCAGGGCACAGAGCUUCAAGACUUGGGGUGUGGGAGGGGAGGAGGACACUGAGGCGUGACAGGAGGGAGGAGGAGACCUAGCACCGUCAAGAGACAGCCCGAUCAGAACACGGACCCAGACGCAAGCCCGGGAGUUGGGGGUCUGUCCUGCAGAGAACCGGGGCUGGGAGGGAAAGGCGAGCGCACGAGGUUUCUAAGUGGAAGAUGGUGAUCAGUCAUGCAUUUCCAUCAAUUACUCUGGUAGCAGUGUGAGGGAGAGGGCGGGGGAGGCCACCUAAGCAGGCAGUGGUGUGCGUUCCCAGCAAGGACGUGGAGAGAGAGGGCUGCCCUAGGCAUGCAGGGUCAGCAUGGAAUGCACAGCUGAGGGAGAAGGGCAGCAGCCUUGUGGGCAGUGGGCGGCGGUGACACAGUGGGGAUGCAGGUGUAGGCAGGUUUGGGGCGAGUCUCAGGGGCGUGGAGGUCCGCCAGGUGAACACACGAAGGGGCCCUCUUAGGGCUACAGACAGGGUUUCAGGAGGGCUGAGGUUACGGGAUGGAGUCUCCUGGUAAGACAGUGACCAGGACCAGGACCCAUCCUGAAGAGAUCCCUGCAAGCAGGGGCCGCACAAGGCAUUCUGGAGAAACCUUUAAGUGGCAAGAAAACGGGGUCUGCGGCAGGAAAAAAUAGGCACGAGAGAAGCACAGCAAUCUCUCUGCCCAAGCAAAGAGACACCUUCUAAAAGGAACAGAAAAGCCACCUUUUAUGAAGGGAAAAGCCAAAAAUGAAAUACCCAGACAGCCUGCGAAGUGUCUUGUGCAAGAACGUGGCUUUUUCAGAAGUGUCUCCCAAUGGCACGCCGAAGAAAGAGGAUCUGAAAAGCAAAGUGCCCGUCUGACACAGGCGGCUCAGGCUUCCUGGACGAAUGCCCUGGAGCAAUAAUGCAUCUACUGUUUAUUUUUAAAAAGCUUUUCAAGCAGCGAUAGGUUGCCAUUUGUAUAAAGUUGAGUAUGCAAAGCACGUUCUAUUUUGCUCAUGGA